AUGGUGAAUAAAAACCAAAAUGAUGAUGAUAUCAUACAUCAAGUUCGACAUGACGAUGUGACAGCAGAUAAUAACCUAGCAACUAUAGUCGAAAGAAUCAUGGUUCGAAACUUGGUAAAUUUUGGCCUUAGAAGGCCAAAUUAUACGUCGCCUUUAGCAGAGUAUAUCUUACAAGCAGAAGCACCCCUCAUGACCAAAAUCCCCAAAUUCACCAAGUUUGCUAGGGAUACUACUGAGUCUAGUGUUGAGCACGUGGCGAGAUAUUUAAUCGAGGCUGGAGAUAUGUCAAAUAACGAGAGCCUUAGGAUGAAAUUUUUUCUGAGUUCUCUCACAAAGAAUGCUUUCACAUGGUUCACAACCUUGCCCCAAAAUUCGAUCCACACUUGGAACCAACUGGAAAGAAUGUUCCAUGAGCAGUUUUACAUGGGGAAAACGAAGAUAAGUUUGAAAAAGUUGGCUAGUGUUAGACGAAAGUUCACUGAGCCAAUUGAUGACUAUCUGGACAGAUUUCGACUACUCAAAGCCAUGUGUUUUACGUAA